GCCCGCCCGCGUCGUCUGUGGGCUUGUCGAGCUGGCCUGUCCUUCUCGACCACCACAAAGCAAACCCGUGCGUGUGCUGUUGACGCGGCGACUCAACAAUCAUGGCCGUCUUUGCUGUGGACGCUCUUGCCUACGCCGGCCAGCGGCUGCCCCUCCUCGCCAGCAGGGUCAUCAAACCCCCAAAGCACGCCGCCACCACCAACACCACACCACCGCAUGCCCAUGGCCACACCCCUUCGCCCUCGGCCGUCUCUCACGAUCUAAAACACGGCAGCCAUGGCCACCAUCACCAUCAUGCAGAAAUUCAGAGCCCAAUUGGAGAGUCGACGGCUCUCUUUGCCAAGAACCACGCUGCCGCCAACUUUGAGCUCUUUUACGACCUCUGGUUCGUGGCCAAUCUCAAUGUCUUCACCAGCGUACACGAGAUUGCUCUCGCGCCGCAGUUGGCCUCCUACAUUGGCUUCAUUGUCCUCCUAUGGACAACAUGGCUCAACGUCACCAUCUACGACGUCCGCUUCAAUGCCGACUGUGUCUUUGAGCGUGUCUGCAAGGCCAUCCAUCUCGGUGUCAUGGUCGGCUUCGCCAUGAUUGGCACCAGCUUCAACCCAGACAAUCAGAUCAAGUCCAUCUUCCAGGCCAUGUCCUUCUUCCUCGCCGCCUCGAGAUUAACCCUGUGCAUCCAGCACUCGGUGCUCGCAUACCAAGUGAGGAAGUUCGCCGAGGGCACAAAGCCUCUGUUGGUCACAGCGUUCCUCAACUUUGCUGCCGGCGCCGUCUAUUUUGGCAUCGCCUUCCGCUUUGACCCCUCCAAGAACAGCCGCGUCUACGUCGUGUGGUAUGUGGCUGGUGUCGUGGAAAUGGCAGCACACUUGGGGUUCUCACAGCUGUCGAGAGUGCUCACCUUUGUGGGUUCCCACUUUGGGGAGCGGCUCAACCUUCUCACUCUGAUUAUUAUCGGAGAAGGCUGCAUCAUCGUGGCCAAGAACGUAACGCUUAUCGUCAAGGACACAUAUCUCAAAGGCGACACUGCCAUGUGGACACCACAACUGAUUGGCAUCAUGACCGCCUCAGCCGCACUCUUGUACAUCAUCUUUCAGCUCUACUUUGACUGGAUGCACGAGGAACAAGGCCAACCUAUGUACGAGGCACACCAGAUAUGGUGGGCCUCACUCCACCUGCCUUUCCACAUCUCUCUGGUGCUGCUUCUUGAAGGCGCCAGUCAGUUCGUCAUUUGGUUUCGGGUUUUAGAGGACGUCGACAAAGCCACGACGAGCCUGGUGAACUCGAUAGAUACGGUUGAGGAUGCCACCGCGGACAACGUCGUGAAGGCUUUCGAGGAUGUGGUAUACAAGUGGCUCAAAAAGUACCCGCCCGCCGAACAAAUUGAGACUUAUUCCGAUCUGUCGGACAUCUUCGAGGAGCUCCGGGGUCUUGGAGACUCGUUCUAUGCCGCAGACAACCCGGACCAAGAUCAGUAUGAACAGUUUCUGAAUCACAUGGUCGAGCUCUUAUCUACUCUCACGAACUCCAUAUUCUAUGCCUUUGGCAUAGAGGCGCCCGAGAAUAGGCUAGAGGGUUCUACAAGCAUAGAAAACAUCGAAUCCCAGAGCACAAUGGCCAUCUCUCAGAGAUUUGUUCUCAUUUUCAUAUAUGCCUUUGCCUGCGCGGGAGUUGUCAUGGUCUUCCUCAGCAUCAUGCACAGCAUGUCCAAGCGCAAGGGGUGGACCCCAUUCAACAUCUUCCGGACGGGUGUCUGCUUAUUCUGCGGCGUAGGCCUGUCCCUUACGGGUCUUCUCGUGCUCAACGAAGACUUCAUCGACCGGUUCAUGGGCAGUGCGUGGAUGUUGCCCGUCAUCACACUGGUAUACUUCCUAAUCCUGGUCAUGACCCAUUUGCCCCAUCCAACCAAGUUUGGGCUGGGCCACUAUUCAGCGAGCAAGGAAUACCUUAAUGUCGAGAAGCCGCAGAGCGACGGGCAUUACGACCACCAUGAGGGAACUGUCGCUGAACAUGUUCCACUUCACCACAUCCGGUCAGCAGCGAGUGCACGGCCCGGCCACCAACGCAACAUUAGCGGAGUAUCAGCCUACGACGAUUUCCGCAGCCCAGGGCUGAUGGCGCCGUCCCCACAACACAGUCCUGACAGCACCCCACGGAAGUCGACAUUCGGCGAACCAUAUAGCGCUGGAGGAGAGGUGCCCGUGAGCCCGUAUGAUCCGACCAGGGACGGCCACCACGACGAUCACGCCGCGGCUACCCACAGGGCCUCGACCAUCAACUUGUACCCCGUGGAUCUGUACGACGACCACGAACAUCGUGAACGAAGCAAUCGCAUCAGCACAUACAGCCAACACGGUGCUAUGCCGUCUCCUUCUCCCCCACACGGCCAAACAGAGGGCGUAGCGACGGCCCCGGCACAGGAUCUGCAUGAGCGGCGACGGAGCACGGUGCCGUUGGCAUCACCUCCUCAUGCUGAAUCAGGACAAGGCAUGCCACAUUAAAGAACCUGUGUAUAAGAGCUGCCGAUUUUGCGAGAAGCUGGCAGGUUAUGGUUAAUGACGACAUGAAUGAGCAACCAUAUAGACUCUGGAUAUAAUGAUAAAGAUAUACACAAAGCGAUAUUGUUUCCCAGA